AUGCCCGGGGGUAAAGGGGAGAGGAAGGUGGAAGCAGGAGAAUGCCAGGAGGCCAUCGCAGGGAAAGAGGGUGAGUUUGAGACCAUCGAGAUUCUGUACUUUAAAAACCUUGUGAAGAAGCUGCAUUUUGUCAUUGUAGCAGGGUAUUGUAAAUGGAAGAAGUGGGGGAGUAGUCAGGGGUGGAAGUCAGCAAGCCACAGCAGGAAAAACAGAUGUGACUCACUCCUUCGCAGCCACACGAACAAUCUGACAGGAGCACACAACCCUUCCUCCCUUCCCCCUUUAAGGCCAUGUCGACCCAAGCCGCCUCCUCCAAUCACGAAGUCCUCUCAACAUCCUUCUAGACCUCCUCUACCUCCAUCCACUCCUCCGUCACUCCCUUUAAUCUCCACUCCUACUCCACCUCUCCCGUCUAAUCCACCUCCUUCAUCUCUCCCACCACCUCUCUCCCCGACCCCACACACUUCUGUCAAUACUGAGCCAACUCCCUGCUUAACCCCUCUCCCUUCACCCACAUCCCAGGCAGUGUCAACCUCACUCUCCUGCCUACCUUCGCCCUCCGUCAUUUUGCCACUAUCUUCAACACCAAAGUUGAGCCUUAUGGAUCAAUUGGUGGGGAGCAGCUCAGUAUGGCUUACCAAAGGACUCAGCCAAGAACAGGUCACAUGCAUCCUCAGAGAGGAAGAUGUUGGGGUUUUCUUAGUUCAGAGUGCAGAAGAGCAAGGUAUGAUGCUGUCAGUUCGUCUGCCUGAGGAGCAGGAGGCAUCGCCAGUACAUAACCUGAAGGUCAAACAGCACAAGUCAUUUCUUCACUUAGAUGGUUCCGUUCUGGUUUUUGAUGACAUCUACAAACUCAUCUACUUCUACUGUGUCAGCAGGGACAUUCUGGCUGUGCCAUUGAAGUUACCACAAGCCAUUUCAUUAGCAACACAGAAAGAGGAGCUGGAGAUCAUCUCUGCUAUGUGUACAGACUUUUGGACAUCAGAUAUUAAUCAGAAGACCAAAAACCAGAACCAAGGUUUUGAUCAAAGUCACGAAAAUGAUUAUAUGUACAUCAACCCAAUGACUUUGUUGGAAAAAGAAAACAAGCAGCAAAAAGAUUUUUCUGAGUCCAAACUAGUAAUCAACACGUCUGAAAGCAUAAUCCCCUACUUGCUCAAUGGCGAAUCCCUCCCUAAGGAAAACAACCAGGUCAAAAAUCAGGUUAAAACUAACUCUAACCAGGACACAAAAUUCAAACGGCCUCCUCCCAGGCCUCCUAGCCUAGGAUCAGGCCCAGGGAUGGGCUUGCUCUUCUCAUCUCCUCCUUUAGACAAAUGUUGUACUCCUUUGACCUCUGCGGCUGACAAAAAAGAGGAAGGAAAAGUGGGGGUAGGGGACAAACCAGAAAGGAAGACGGCAUUGAUGUCACAUCCUCCAUCAAGGCCUCCUGUCCCACUGCAGAGUCGAGCCCACCCCUUGCUGCCUCCUGCUCCUCUCCGUCGCACUUCCUCAAGGAACAGUACAGAUGGUUGUGAGAAGGGCCAAAAACCUGUGAAGGGAACAGAAAAAGAAGGGGAGGGACUAAAAGAGCAAGGGAAAACAUGUCUUUUGGGUGACAGUGUUGAACUGUUAAACACUACACCUCAAGCAGAGGCUAAACAGGAUAAUAUGAAGGAGAAAGGGGAUGAAACCUAUAUGGGCAAGGAUAAAGAAGAAGAUAAAUCAAUUGGUCCUCCAUCUUUAGUGAAGAGACCCUCACGACCGGUACCUCAGCCGAGAAAGAAACCAUCCCUAUCAGACAGGCCUGGCAGUGGGUCGGCCAAUCAGAAUGUUGGGAAAAAAGUAGGCCCUCCCUCCCCAAUACGAAGGCCAGAUGUUUCACUCUACUCUCCCCAGGGGUGUGCCAUGAUGGGAACAGAUCCCGACACCUACUCCAACAGCAGCACUGAAGAAGAAGAGGGAGAGACGACCCAGGAGCAAGAUCAAAACCACAGUAACCCUUCAGAAAAUCGCUGCAACAAAAUAAAGCGUACGCCAACUACCAUCAUGUUGGGUAAAGCACGUUCCCGCCUGUCUGGUGUUAUUACCGGCCUCAUCAGUCACGACCGUCGCCUCUCACAACGCAUUGUGGAGCUGGCUAGAGAUCCGCUGAGCUAUUUUGGUAACCUGGUGAAAGAGUACCGAGCGUUCACCCUUGAGACCAUGUCCAACCACUCCACCUCCACCGAGCUGUUGCAGGAGAUCAGGCAGAUGAUGACUCAGUUAAAGAGUUACCUGCUGCAGAGUACUGAGCUGCAGGCCAUGUUGGAGCCACAGCAUCAAUAUUCACAAGAAAAACUAGAGAGCAUCGUCGAAGCUGCUCUGUGUAAGAGCGUAUUGAAGCCACUGAGAGAGCCUAUUUACUGCAAUCUGGAAAAACUGCACACCAAUAAUGGCAGCCUGAAGCAAUUGGCACAGAACCAGUCUGUAGUUCUCAGCAGUACCACCACAGCUCUGGGAGUUACCACCGCUGUCCCAGAAGCCCAAGCUAUGGAGAAGAUAAGCAUGAAAUUUAGUAAUCUGCAUCUUGAGUAUUCUCCUGCGAAGAAAAUUGGCAUACUGCUGAAGGCCUGUAAAAUCAUCUAUGACUCCAUGUCUGUAAGCUGUCCAGGGCGGGCCCAUGGUGCUGAUGACUUCCUGCCUGUAAUGAUGUAUGUCCUGGCUAGAUCUAAUCUGUCAGAUUUACUGCUGGAUGUGGAAUACAUGAUGGAGUUGAUGAAUCCUGCGCUAACAAUAGGAGAAGGGUCAUAUUAUUUGACGACCACUUACGGAGCUCUUGAGCAUAUUAAGACUUUUGACCAGGAGAAGUCAGCUUCACGUCAGUUCAGUAGGGAGAUUCAGGACUCCAUCCAACGUUGGGAGCGACGACGUACACUCAACCAGGAAUGUUCCAGCCAAAGAUCGGUCCAGGACUUCUUGACAGUUUGCUGUCCCGAUACUGGAAGUAAUCCCAAAACUCUCGGCAUCCUUCCUACAACCACGAUCCAACAGCUCACUGAAGAAUGUGCUGCACGCUUUGAACAAGAUUCAUACAUUCUCAGCAUCCAUGAAGAUGGUGUCCGUCGGCCGCUGGCCCCUGGAGAGCUGGCGUUGACUGUGAAAAACAAAUGUCAACCAGGAGCAUAUUGCUUCAUCUAUCACCCCUCAGACCACGGACCAGUCCAACCAGCCUGGCCUGGACGCAGUUGUCCCACUAUCCCGCCGCCACGGCCACCCCCACAAAGUACUUUCCAAAACAUUUCAGCAGCAAUCAAUAUUGAAAAGCCGGAAACAGAAACAAGCCUAAUUAGCUGGUAA